CGGAUGCUAAAAUCACUUUUUCAAAUAAGCUCUAUUUUGGAGCUUUUAUCAAGUAGACAUUUUUAGUUUUCUAACAAAGCUAAAACAGUUGCUUGAUUUUUUAAUCAAGCACUCCUAUUCUAUUUAAAAGUACUUUUGGAUGGUCAGAAAGUAUUUUUUUUGCCCAUCAAAAGCUCUUCCAAAUGGGCCUAAGCCGACUGCAAGCUUGGUCCGGGCUUGAAAAAGGGCCUAAUUCAUAUUCUCCCCCUUGUAGAUGGCUUCGCUUUCACUUAAUUCUUUCUUAUUUGAGUAGAACGGAUGAAUUAAUCAUCUUUUAAAAUGAUUUAUAUAGCGAACCAAUGCCUCGGGAGUCAGCGUCUCUCAAGCUCAACACCAUCACCAUUCGGCAUCUCCUUCCCUUCUCCACCAUGGAUGAUGGCCCUCUUCAUGUUGUUGUAUUCCCCUGGCUAGCCUUUGGCCACAUGCUCCCUUUCCUCGAGCUCUCCAAGUCCUUAGCCAAGAGAGGCCACCGAAUCUCCUUCCUUUCCACCCCAAGAAACAUCCAAAGGCUCCCAAAGAUCCCUUCCCAAAUAGCUUCCCUAGUAGACUUGGUUUCUCUGCCCCUUCCGAAAGUUGACGGCUUGCCGGAGGAUGCCGAGGCCACAACAGACAUCCCACCACCUAUGGUCCAGUAUCUCAUGAAGGCAUUUGAUGGCCUCGACGAGCCCUUCACAAGAUUCCUCCGAGAGGCUUCUCCAAAACCAGACUGGAUAAUCCAUGACUUCAGCCAUCAUUGGAUACCACCGAUCGCCUCCAUGUUCGAGGUACCAUGUGCAUUCUUUAGCAUAUUUCCUUCUUCCACUCUUGUUUUCAUCGGGCCGCCCUCGGAGAUGAAACUCGGAGGCCUGCGAAGGACACCCGAGCAGUUCACGAAGCCACCAGAGUGGAUCUCCUUCCCUUCCUCCGCAGCUUUUCGCCUCUACGAGGCCCGACUGUUCACGGCGCACUACCGUGACAACGCCUCGGGGUUUUCUGAGUUCCGGCGUCUCGAGCUGGUCAUCCAAAGGUGCAAGCUUGUGGCAGUUCGCAGCUGCAAGGACUUCGAAUCCGACUGGCUCCCCCUCCUGGAGGAGCUCUACGAGAAGAAACCCGUCGUUCCAGCUGGCCUGCUACCGCCACACCUACAAGAACGGAUCGAAGAUGUUCAUACAAACACAACCGGCGUGGCACAAGUUUUCGGGUGGCUUAACGGACAAACUCUAGGAUCCGUGGUAUAUGUUGCUUUGGGGAGUGAAGCCACGCUGAGCGUCGAGCUAGUGCAUGAACUAGCUUUGGGGCUCGAGCUGUCGAAGGUCCCCUUCGUUUGGGCUCUUAGAAAGCCGGCCGGCAUGGCCAGCGACGUGGAGAUCUUGCCAAAGGGGUUCGAGGUCCGGACGAGGGGUCUCGGAGUCGUCGCAAUGGGUUGGAUUCCUCAGCUCAGCGUCCUGGCCCACCCAUCGGUGGGAGGAUUCUUCACACACUGUGGUUGGAGUUCCAUCAUCGAAGGGCUUCAAUUCGGACAUCCUCUAAUUUUGCUUCCCAUAUUUGCGGACCAUGGUCUGAAUGCUAGAAUUAUGGAGGAUAAAAGGAUUGGACUAGAGGUGCCGAGGGACGAGGAGGAUGGAUCUUUUGGUAGAGAAGGGGUAGCCAAGGUCAUUAGGUUGAUCAUGGUGGAAGAAGAAGGGAAACCAUUCAGAUGCAAAGCCGGAAAGCUGAAGGAGGUUUUCUCUGACAAGGAAUCUCAGGAACGCUAUGUGGACAAUCUCGUUCGAUGCUUGCAAGAUCACGGGGCAAAACAAGGCUGACCGGUGUAUCCUUUUCUUUUUUUCUUUUUUUUUUUGGCACGUAUAUGUUGUGGAGUAUCUUUCACGCAGUUGUCUCUCUAAUCUCCAAUAAUGGCCGGUGGUCCCUUUUGCCUCCUUUGGCGGUUCGCCUGUAAUAUCCAAUGACGGCCGGGUGGUCCCUUUUGCCACCUUUGCAAUCAAAAAAAAAAAAAAAAUCUUUUAUCCA